AUGCUUCAAGAUCUCCCCCUCAACAUCGGCCAUCGCGGCUUCAAAGCGCAAUGGCCAGAGAACAGCCUCGCGGCCUUCACCGCAGCAGUGGAAGCAGGCGCCCACGCCCUCGAGACAGACGUGCAUCUCACGCGAGACGGCGUCGUGGUUCUUUCUCAUGACCCCAGCCUGGAACGAUGUUUCGGGGUGAAGAAGAGAGUCUCCGAGUGUGAAUGGGCGGAGGUGGCUGGUCUGCGAACCCUGCAGAGCCCGCAUGAACGAAUGAUGCGAUUGUCCGAUUUACUGGAUUACAUCAACCAGACGGAUGUUUGGAUAUUACUCGACAUAAAGGUGGACGAUGAUGCCGAAUCCCUGAUAGCAGCACUCACCAAAACCAUCUCGUCAACCCCAUGUCUUAGAGGCGAGUGGUCGACUCGCAUCACACUAGGCGUAUGGUUAGACGCCUACAUCCCGCUUUGCAAGACGUAUAUGCCCUCCUUCCCUGUGGCCUUGAUCACCUUUGACCUGGUGUACGCGCGCGAGCUGUCCGCCACGCACAAACAUCUCCAGUUCAACAUGCGGCAGGCCGUGAUGAUGCAGCCUGCUGGACGACGCUUCCUGCGCGACUGUCGACUCAACGGCCGUACAGUCUACGUCUGGACGGUGAACAGUCCCGGCCUGAUGGGGUGGUGUAUUCGGCACGGCGUGUCGGGCGUCAUCACCGACGAUCCGGCCCUGUACCGUUCUGUCUGUGAGGGGUGGGAUGGGCGCGGUCUUCCUGUUGAGCUGCGCGAGUGGCUGCGUAUCUGUCUCGUCACCUGGUUUGUGCUUUGUUUUGGCUUCUUGUUCAAGAGAAGGAGGGCCAUUUUGGAGAACAGAGCGUUCAAUAGGUAG